GGCGGCUGGAGCUAGAGCGCGACGCGACGCGACCGCGGCUUCCCGAGCUCCGCCUGGCCGCCCAGCGCCGCAGCCCGCCCGAGGCCUGGAGGGGUCCGGGCCGGCGUCCAUGGUCGCGGCGACCUGAGGAGGGGGACGCGCCCGGCGCCCCCAGCCCUCCUCUGCCUCCUCCUGUCCGGCGGGCGGCCUCCUCCGGCGCCUCCCUGCGCCCGCCCGCCGCCUCCCUCCCUCCUUCCCUGCGGCUCCCCCGGCUUUCGGGAGCCCGGGGGCGGCCUGUGGCGCGCCGAGACCGCGCCGGACUGCGCCUCUUUGGACCUUGAGGGGAAACAUGCGUUUGGCUUGGAUCGUUUUAAAUUCUUAGUUUGGGAUCCCCGCCCGCCUGCCUCUUCCGCCCCGCGGGUUUUCUUUCCUUUUUUCUUUUUUUCCCCUUUUUUUCCUCCCGGUCUCCUUUUUGACUCCCUCCCCCUUUAUGCUCGCCCAACCCUCCCCCCGCUGCUGAGAAGUGGGGGAGGGUCUCGGCCUCCAGGUUCCCGCCCCACCGGGGCCCGGGCGAGCAUGGGGGGCAAGCAGAGCACGGCGGCCCGCUCCCGGGGCCCCUUUCCGGGGGUCUCCACCGAUGACAGCGCCGUGCCCCCGCCGGGAGGGGCGCCCCACUUUGGGCACUAUCGGGCGGGCGGCGGGGCCAUGGGGCUGCGCAGCCGCUCGGUCAGCUCAGUGGCGGGCAUGGGCAUGGACCCCAGCACGGCCGGAGGGGUGCCCUUUGGCCUCUACACCCCCGCCUCCCGGGGGACAGGCGACUCGGAGAGGGCGCCCGGCGGCGGAGGGUCUGCGUCCGACUCCACCUAUGCCCAUGGCAAUGGUUACCAGGAGACCGGCGGCGGUCACCAUAGAGACGGGAUGCUGUACCUAGGCUCCCGAGCCUCGCUGGCGGAUGCUCUACCUCUGCACAUCGCACCCAGGUGGUUCAGCUCGCACAGUGGUUUCAAGUGCCCCAUUUGUUCCAAGUCUGUGGCUUCUGAUGAGAUGGAAAUGCACUUUAUAAUGUGUCUGAGCAAACCUCGCCUCUCCUACAAUGAUGACGUGCUGACUAAAGACGCGGGUGAGUGUGUGAUCUGCCUGGAGGAGCUGCUUCAGGGGGACACGAUAGCCAGGCUGCCCUGCCUGUGCAUUUAUCACAAAAGUUGCAUAGAUUCGUGGUUUGAAGUGAACAGAUCUUGUCCAGAACAUCCUGCGGACUGACCCUGCUGGGCUCGCUUGCUGACUCCUCUCAAAGGGACCGGCCAGCCCCCGUUCCCGAGAGGAGGCAUCGGACACGGGCAGAGCUGAGCUGGGGACACCAGUGGGAACAGGGCACCCCUUCUGCACUGACUUCCAGAGAAUGGUUCUCCCUUUCUCCCUGAGGACACCAAAUGGAUGAGAGCGAGUUUGAGAGAAGAAAGAAUCAACCGCCAUCCUUCCCCUCACCCCUCAUCCCAGGAGGGAAAGGGCAUUUUCUUUUUCACCUUUGAAAGGCGUUGUGGGUCUGUCUAAAGUGUUUACAAAAAAAAAAAAAAUUAUAAAAAAAAAGUCUAGUGUCGACUGGUGUUUUCCCUCGUGAUGUUUACAGAUUGCUGUCUGCUGCCCAGCUAGAACCCACUCAGUGACAGAACCGAGCAGGGCCACACGCCCCGAUGGCCCAGGAGCAGGCACACGUGGCCUCCUCCCAUGCCCGGCGCCCCCAUCGGCCCUCUCCAUCACCAACCACUCUGCCUUGGGUAUUUUUGGGGUUUUUUUUCCUCCAUUCUUCUGGCUUGGUUUUGCACAUUUCUCCCCCAGGACCCUGAUAUGUAACUUUAUUGCCAAAAAAAACAACCCGUCAAGGACCUACUCCUCUCCUUUUCCUUUUCUUCUUCCUCCCUCCCCUCCUGGUUCUGGUCAGUUCAGAGGAUUUAACAAUCACAAGUGUCCUGCAAAAAUGCCUGAACAUUUUUCUUAGACCCUUGUGGAUUUUUUUUUUUCCAGAAAACUUAAACAGACAAAAGACUUAUUAAAGGAAUAUGUACAGUUACCCCUGUUUUCAGGCACUCUGUUUGAGAACAUUUUAGCCAUUGAUGUUCACACGUGGCAUCAGCCCAUGCAAGAUAGGUUUCUGUAUUUAUAUAUUAAAAUACAAAAAAAAAAACCUUAUAAAAUGUUUAAAAAAAAUGUUCAAAGCUUGGAGAAAAAGCUUUCUUCAUUAGUCAAGGUGUUUUGAUAUGGUAUUAAAAUGUCUAAUAAAAGAUGCACUGUGUGACUUUA